GGGGGCGCCGCUUCCCGCUCAGCUCCGCUGGGGAGGCUGGUCCAGCCUGCGCGGAUCGGAGCGGAAAGAGUCGGGCGGAGCAGGCGGCUGCUUGACGGCUGAGAGCCCAGCGGGCGGCGCGGGCAGGUCCACGGGAAGCCUACACGCCCAAGGUCAUGCCCUGACCACAGCUGCCCUUCAGGAGGCUGGCACGGAGCCACCUAGGGCUGUUGGGCUGUUUGGCAAGGGUGGGGCGCCAGCAACUUGCCACUCUUCCUCCAUGAGCCCAGCCAGAGCCUCCACUGGGCCCUUAGCACAAAAAAACCCCUGCAGGAGCCAGAUCCAGAGCGCUGGGAUUCAGCAGGAGUGCCAGGAGAAUUCAACACAGGUGUGCUUCCUCCUCUCCUGCCAGGCGUGUGGCUGCACAGGAGUCUUGCUGAUGGUGGAAUUCAAGUCACCAGUGGCCAAAGUACCCUCCAGGUGUGAAGAGUUGCAGGUCCUCCGAGGAGCUGGGAGCUGCAAGGUUCUGAAAAAGACUUCAAGAAACUGACUAAUCUCGAUGGCUGCACCUGACGGGAGGGUAGUCUCCCGACCUCAGAGACUUGGUCAGGGGUCUGGCCAGGGGCCAAAGGGGAAUGGAGCCUGCCUGCAUCCCCUGGACAGCCUGGAGCAAAAGGAGACUCAGGAGCAAACGUCGGGCCAGCUAGUCAUGCUGAGGAAGGCACAGGAGUUCUUUCAGACCUGUGAUGCUGAAGGCAAGGGCUUCAUCGCCAGGAAGGAUAUGCAGAGGCUGCAUAAGGAGCUACCGCUCAGCCUGGAGGAACUGGAGGAUGUGUUUGAUGCCCUGGAUGCUGAUGGCAAUGGCUAUCUGACCCCACAGGAGUUCACUACUGGAUUUAGUCACUUCUUCUUCAGCCAGAAUAACCCAAGUCAGGAAGAUGCAGGUGAACAGGUGGCCCAGCGCCAUGAAGAGAAGGUGUAUCAGUCCAGAGGGGACGAGGAUCUGGGAGACAUGGGCGAAGACGAGGAAGCCCAGUUCCAGAUGCUGAUGGACAGACUUGGAGCCCAAAAGGUGUUGGAAGAUGAAAGUGAUGUCAAGCAGCUCUGGCUGCAGCUGAAGAAGGAGGAACCUCAUUUACUAUCCAACUUUGAAGAUUUCCUGACCAGAAUCAUCUCCCAGCUCCAAGAAGCCCACGAGGAGAAGAAUGAACUGGAGUGUGCCCUAAAAAGGAAAAUUGCUGCUUAUGAUGAAGAAAUCCAGCAUCUCUAUGAGGAGAUGGAACAACAAAUCAAAAGUGAGAAGGAGCAGUUUCUCCUGAAGGACACAGAGAGGUUUCAAGCCCGCAGUCAAGAGCUGGAGCAGAAACUGUUAUGUAAGGAGCAGGAGCUGGAGCAGCUCACCCAGAAGCAGAAAAGGCUGGAAGGUCAGUGCACAGCCCUGCAUCAUGACAAGCAUGAGACCAAGGCUGAGAAUACCAAGCUGAAACUCACUAACCAGGAGCUGGCCCGGGAGCUGGAGCGGACCUCCUGGGAGCUCCAGGAUGCUCAGCAGCAGUUGGAAAGCCUCCAGCAAGAGGCCUGCAAACUCCACCAGGAGAAGGAGAUGGAAGUGUACCGCGUGACAGAGAGUCUACAGCGCGAGAAGGCCGGGCUCCUCAAGCAGCUGGAUUUCCUAAGGGAAAGGAACAAGCACCUUCGGGAUGAACGGGACAUAUGUUUUCAGAAAAAUAAGGCAGCCAAGGCAAACACAGCUUCUUCCGGGGCAAGUUGGAAAAAGAGAUCUGGCUCCGUGAUAGGCAAAUAUGUGGACAGCAGAGGGAUUCUUAGGAGCCAGUCAGAGGAGGAGGAGGAGGUGUUUGGCAUCCGAAGGAGAAGCUCCCUGGGCCUGAGUGGAUAUCCCCUAACAGAAGAGGAGCCAGGAACCGGGGAGCCAGGGCCGGGGGGUCCAUACCCCCGGCCGCUCCGCAGAAUCAUCUCCAUUGAAGAAGACCCUCUGCCCCAGCUCCUGGAUGGUGGCUUUGAGCAACCCCUGAGCAAAUGCCCAGAAGAGGAAGAGGUCUCUGACCAGGGGGUACAGGGAAAAAUCCCGGAGGCCCCACCCUUGAAACUCACCCCCACAUCCCCCCGAGAGCAGCCUGUUGGAAAAGAAGCCCUAUAUAAGGAGGAAAGUUCUCCCUCUGCCCCUGACCGGCUCUUCAAGAUUGUGUUCGUGGGCAAUUCCGCAGUGGGGAAGACAUCCUUCUUGAGGAGAUUCUGUGAGGACCGGUUCUCCCCAGGCAUGGCGGCCACUGUGGGCAUUGAUUACCGUGUGAAGACGUUGAAUGUGGACGACUCUCAGGUGGCCCUGCAGCUGUGGGACACGGCUGGGCAGGAGAGGUACCGGUGCAUCACCCAGCAGUUCUUCAGAAAGGCCGAUGGUGUCAUCGUCAUGUACGAUCUCACAGACAAGCAGUCGUUCCUGUCGGUCCGGCGGUGGCUGAGCAGCGUGGAGGAAGCUGUGGGAGACCGGGUUCCUGUUCUUCUGCUGGGUAAUAAGCUUGACAACGAGAAGGAGCGGGAAGUCCCCCGGGGCCUCGGAGAGCAGCUUGCCAAGGAGAACAAUCUGAUCUUCUAUGAAUGCAGCGCCUACUCUGGUCACAACACCAAAGAAUCCCUGCUCCAUCUGGCCAGGUUCCUCAAGGAGCAAGAAGACACAGUGAGAGAGGACACCAUUCAGGUCGGCCACCCUGCUAAGAAGAAAUCCUGCUGUGGCUGAUAGGGUCCUACAAGGAUUGCCCCCAGCAAACCUGAGGUCACAGAGCCUGCCCUGAUCCUGCACACAGCUCCUGCACAGAUGCCGCCCACCGGGGCCCGCCCAGUCCUUUUCUUUGUCAGUCACUUGCCUCCCCCAAAAGGAAGGAAAGCACAUCCCAUCAGGAGAGCUGCUCUUGGAGCAUCUCAGAGUGUUUUCUCUCCUUUCUCUUUCUAGACCCCAGAUGCCCGUGCCUCCUUUGUUGUUGUUGUUGUUGUUUUCCCCGACUUAGUUUCCUAGGGGAAAGAAACAGAUGGGCUUUUCCAGAAAAGCCACCACGUGCCUUCUCCACCCCCCUUCUCCUCCCCUUGCCCUUAGGAGCCUCGGCACUGCUGUUGCCAUGGCAACCACGCAGGGCCCGACUUGCGGCUUCCUGCAGGCCAAAGGUACAGCACUCAGGUGCCGACAGGGUAGUUAAUCUUACUUGGCCACUGUUCUGCGGCGGCCAGAGGGAGAGUCUUAUACGUGCUUCGUGGACCUUGAGAUACCCGAGUUGUUGACUGCAGCAAACCAGGGCAGCCACAUUCUAUUCUAACCCCUGCCCGGGUCUCUGCUGUUUCCUUAAUCCCAGCUUUGAGCCUUCCCUCUCAGCACCAUGCCUGCUGCCUUUGUCCCCUUGGCUGUUGUGGAACAGUGCCUUAGGGAGAACCCACAGCCUUUCCUUCUCACCCCCCACCUACAACCCUGACUCCGGGGUGGACUGUGGGUGAUAAGUGUAUGCCUGGGGUUAGGGAGUAGGUUGACUUCCUACUUAACUUUGACUGAGAAAUGAAAAGAAAACUAGUGGAAAAAAGCCAUCUGCUGCUAAACAGAGUGACCAUUUCUGGAGGGUAUAAAUGAGGUAUAUAUAGCUAUAUAAAAGCCAUUUUCUAAAUGUUUCUCAAAAUAGCUCUUUGAAAAAUCAUACGUGAUGAUUAACAGGGUGGAGUGGCAUGCAGGCCAUGGGGCUCAGUGCGAGGGCCAUAGUUACUGACUUCAUUUUAUUUUCUUUUACUUUAUUUCAGAACACUGUAUUUUUUUUUCAGUGUGGCUGUGAUGUUGACAUUUUGCUGGCGUUUGAGAAGUGAACAGAAUGUAGCUGCUGGCUUCAGCACCCCCGAUUGCAAUAGCACAGGGCAUUUGGACUGGGGGAAUGAUCUGGGUCCCGUGGGAUUCCUGCAGCUGGGUGGUGGUGAGUUCCCAGCCAGCUCCGGCAUCACUAGCCAGCUGUUACAGCACUCUUGCCCGGAGUAGGAAGUCGAAUGAAAGUUAUUACAAAGACAACUGCCAAUCACUGGGCCUGCAGACCCAGGCCCCCACAGGAAAGUGGGUGGUCCACACCCAAGUGGGGCACACAGAGAGGGACAGGGGCAGAAAGUGUCCACAGGUUCCAACAAGAUAGUUGAAGACAACCCCACACAGCCACAUGGAUGGGGGAGAGGGUACUGGCCAGAGUUCUCAAGGCAUUCCAAUAGCCUCCUUCCAGACUCCCAAAACAGUCAGAGGCUCUCUGGGUCACCAGGCAAGUACCUACCUCUUUUUUGCAGACUCCUCUCUUUCAUUGAGCACUUGCAGGAACCAGAGAGCCCAUUGAGGGUGCUGAACAAAAAUGAGGACUGGGUACCAGGAGGUGCUCCAUGAUCCUAAGCAAGCCUGCUCCCUCCUUGGCCCCCACCACAUCAGUAAAAUGAGGGGGUGGGAUAUUUGAUGCUUUGAGCUCUUGCUCAGAUGCACAGGAUGACAUAUUUAUUUUCCAUCAUAGGCUGGCCCUGGACCCCAGUCCAAGGUUAAAGAGAAUUCGCAGGAAACUCCCUUCCCCUAGGGAAGGGGAGUGGUGGUGGUCCCAUUAAUAGGAUGAGGCAGGGAGAGGGGAUGCAUGGGUCACCCAGAGGUGGCCCUCCAAUUGUGUGUGUGUGUGUGUGCGUGCACGCACAUGUGUGUUGUGUGUGUCAUGUACGGGAAGGGAAAGGAAGGAUAGAAGAUCAUGGUGGCCAUGGAGGAAGUCAACUCACUCUUCUGCUUUUGACAAAAAGCAGAUAUAGCUAUUGGGAUUUAUGGGGCAAGCAGACCAUUCCUGGGGUUCCCUAACCCCACAAAUGUCUUUAUUCCUAAUUCCUUGCCCCUGCUUUCCGCUGCAUUCUUCCAUUUAGAAACAGGCCAUGCAAGGUUUAAGGCAGGGAAGGGUGGCCCUAGUGACCUAGUGCCUGGCCUUCUGGCAUGUGGGGUAAAUCACCAUGAUUCUUCAAAGGAGAGAGAAAGGAGCAGGGAGGGUCUUCAGGCCUCUGAUGCUCUCUUCCCCAACCCCCCUUUUAAAAAGAGGAGAGGGCCAAGUGUGGUGGCUCACACCUGUAAUCCCAGCUGAGCCAGAGGAUCAUUUGAGACCAGAAGUUUGACACCAGCCUGAGUAACAUACCAAGACCCUACCACUACAAAAAAAAAAAAAAAAAAAAAAAAAAAAUUGAAAAUUAGCAGAGCAUGGUGGCAUGAGCCUGUAGCUUUAUUUAGCUACUCAGGAGGCUGAGCCAAGAGGAUCACUUGAGCCCAGGAGUUUGAGGUUAAAGUGAGCUAUGAUGGUGCCACUGCACUCCAGCCUGAGGGACAGAGUGAGAUUCUGUCUUUAAAAAAAGUGGAGGAUUGGGACUCCAGAGGAACUCUAAGAAGUUCCUUGUCCCCAGCUCUCAGCUCCCCUCCUCCCAUUCCUUUUAAGUCACCAUGUUGAUCAGAGCCACCCUGGGCUGUCACUCUGGCCCAGAGGCUGCCAGAGAAAACUUCUGGCUCUGUGUCAUUCACAUCGUUGUAAUGGCCUUGAGCAAGUCACUUAACCAGGAUCCACAUUCAUCUAUAGACUGGAAUUUUCGAUGUGUACCUCACAGGGUCAUUUUAGUAUUAGAUGAGGUAAUGUAUGUAAAGUACCUAGCAACGUGCCCAGAAUAUAAGAGGUGUUAAUAAGUAGGGGCUAUUUUUGUUGUCAACAUUGAGUUGCUGUCCUGGCCACUUGCCUUGCUUCAGUUUUAUAUUUAGAACCAGCUAACAGUUACUAAGCAUCUGCCCAGAACUGGGCACUUUCACAAACACAACCUCGUUUGAGCAUCUGUUUGCCCAGCCCGUUUGCCUGAGUUCUGAGCUCAUAUCUGACUUGCCUCUUGCUGUUCUUUGUUCCUGAGUUUCCUAGUUUCCUGGUUUUCCUAUCAGUGCCUAUGCAUUCCAGUGCCUGUUGCCUGAUCUCAGCACCCAGUCCUCUCUCCCUCCGUCUCUGUGGUGGUCCAGGAAUCACUCGGCAGCUCAGACCUGGUCACAACUCCUGGGUAUUUACCAAUGAAUGGCCUGUGCUCAUUGCCAUCCCUGGCUCUUGCCUGCUCCCCUGUUCUUAUACCUUUUGCUUCUUCUAGGGGCUGAUGCUGCCCUCAGCGCUGAAUUGCCAAACCAAGAACCUCAUCACAACGCAAUGCCCCAGUUGCUUUGCUCCUUGUCUAGCAUUUGUUUCACCCCACACUCUCUGUGGGACUUCUUUUGUUCCCCUGUAAUGCCUUAGCUUUCUCCCUGCUCCUCAUCUUAUACUCUUUCUCUACUCUUAAUACUUCUACCCACUCUGAGAUGCUUCUUCUCCCUGCUUUCCUCCUGGGCCCAGGCCAGGCCAUACCUAUAUAGUCUAUCAAAAAUGGCUCAACCGUUUGUCUCUGUCACUAGCAGUCACUGCUCCAACGGAGCUUAAACCGACUUCAGCUAAAUGGAAUUGCAACACAAUUGGUGGCUUCCAGGGACAUAUUUAUACUUUAACAGAGAACUGUAGGGGAGGCAAACCUUUAACUCAAAGGAAUGAGUCCCUAGUGAUCGGAUAUUAACCACUAUAAUGGGUUAUGGAAGUCAAAUAUUUAGGACAAAGCUGCCUUCUCUAUUCUCAAAGACCUCAGUUUGCUUCAUGUAUUUUGGGGCUUUAUCUCUAGGUUGAAAUAUAUUUAUAAUAGUGAUUUCUUCUGGAUGGAUUGACCCUUUAUCAUUAUAAAGUGUCCUUGUUUGUCUUUAGUAACAAUUUUUGUCUCAAACUUGAUUUAUUUUAUUUUAUUUUAUUUUUGAGAUGCAAUUUCCCUCUUGUUGCCCAGGCUGGAGUGCAGUGGCGUGAUCUCGGCUCACCACAACCUGUGCCUCCCGGGUUCACGCCAUUCUCCUGCCUCAGCCUCCCGAGUAGCUGGGACUACAGGCACCCACCACCAUACCUGGCUAAUUUUUUUGUAUUUUUAGUAGAGAUGGGGUUUCACCGUGUUGGCCAGGCUGGUCUUGAACUCUUGACCUCAGGUGAUCUGCCUGCCUUGGCCUCCCAAAGUGCUGGGAUUACAGGUGUGAGCCACCGAGCCAAUUUUGUCUGAUAUUAGUGUAGCCACUUCAGCUCUCUUUUUAUUGCUGUUUGCAUUGUAUAUCUUUAUCUUUUACAUCCUUUUAAUUUCAAUCUAGUUGUCCUUUUAAAUCUAAAGUGAGUCUCUUGGAGACAGCGUAUAGUUGGAUCAUGUUUUUUAAAUCUGUUCUUCCAAUCUCUUAAUUGGAAAGUUUAAUUUAUUUGCAUUUAAUAUAAUUGAAAAAGUAAGAUUUGUCUGCCACUUUGCUAUUUAUUUUCUAUACAUCAUAUGUCUUUUUAAAUCUUGUGUUCUUUCAUUACUGCCUUCUUUUAUGUUAAAUAGAUAUUUUCUUUCAUUCUCUUGUUUCAUUUACUAUAUAUUUUUGAAUUAUUCUCUUGGUAGUUGCCCUGGGGAUUACCAUUAAUAUCUGAAUUUAUAACCAUCUGUCCGUGUUAAUACCAGCUUAAUUUCAAGUAUACAAAAAUGUUGCUCUAAAGUGGUCCCAUUUUCCCCUCCCUUAUGCUAUUAUUGUCACAGAUUUCAUCUUUAUACAUUUUGUGCCCAUCAACAUGCAUUUAUAAUUAUUGCCAUAUUCAGUUUUUUAUUUAAAUCAGAAAAAAGUUACCAACAAAAAAUAAAUUUGUAUUGUUUUAUAUCUGACUUCAUAAUUUCUUUUACUAGUGCUCUUUAUUUCUUCAUGUUGAUUCACAUUACUAUCUUGUGCCUUUUCAUUUCAGCCUGAAGGAUUACUUUUACUAUUUUUUGUGGGGCAGGCUUGUCAUAGACAAACUCUCUUGUUAGAGACAAAUUUUCUCAGUUUAUCUGGAAAUGUCUUAAUUUAUCCUUCAUUUUUGAAGGAUAGUUUUGCCAGAUAUAGAAUUUUUGAUUGACAGCUUUUUUUUUUUUUUUUUGAAGAACUUUGACUGUA